AUGUGCUCUAACUCGGGACGGACAGCGAGAGACGAUGAAGUGCGACAGGCUAGACUCUAUCUACAGUCCUUCGACCGGACAGGUUUCGAUUACAUCUUUGCACCGUCACACUCUGCUCUCCCCGCACAUUCACAUCUAACUGCCAACUCUGCGCCGCAGGUAUCGACAGUCCAACAGGAGACGCUUUCACUUAGUAACUCUUUCAGUCGACCACCAAACUUGGCUAAACCCAAGCAUUCACAGUCCUGCAAAUUGCAUACAAGUGGUGACUCUGAUGCGAUUCUCCCCGGAUCAACUUCCUCCCUGGGUGUCCGCCACGACUACAGGCUUCAUUUCCUCGGUCUACCCGUUGAAAUAUCUGAGAUCAUUUAUCGAUUUCUAUUUCAAGGCAGCAAACUGUACGUUUUCAAAGGUCAAAUGGCCAGGAUAGAUCGUGUUAAUGAACUCGCCGUGUACGGAAUGUUGAGCGACGUCGAUACCUCAAUACUCAACACUUGCAAAUUUAUAAGAGAAGAAGCGAUUCCGAUUUUGAACACUCAAACUCAGCUGAUUAUCUUCGAUGAAUUCGGACGACACGACCCACUAGCAAGGCUACCAUGUGAUCUACUCCGAGCGGUCACCACAAUCUCGGUGAAUCUCAAUACUUUCGUUCACAUCAACAGAGAUCGCCUGCCUGCAUUGACGCGUGUGAGACUAUUGGCUCUCCACAAUUUCGAUCACACAUUCAUCGAAGUGGUUGAUCAGGUGGUUCAAACGCCAAAGAAUAUAGUUCCUGGGUUGCUGUGGAGAGUCUCAGACUGGAGAUGGAAGUUCAAGCAAUUCGCACGUCUCGCCCAAGAGGAAGCCUUUACAAUUGAUGUUCUUCUCAUUAUGGUAAUUGGCAGGCAGAAACAACCGAACCUUGCUGCGGCGCUGAUCAUCAUCAGACUAGACCUUAUAACACGCAGGUGUGUUGAGUGGAAAGGUGUCAUUGGAGACAAAGAAGUCCCUAUCAUCAACAAGCGACGGGCCGAGUUGGAUUGGGCGGCUUACGGAGGGACAGAGACGAAUGUGCGGUUUUAUUUGUCUACCUGA